AAUUUAAACUCAUAAAAUUACAAUAAUGGAUGACGAUUGGGAAUCAGCUGCAGAUAAAGAGGUUGUCAUACGUCCAAAAGUAACAAAUGAUGUAAAUAAAUGGGAAGGCGAGGACGAUGAUGAGGACGUUAAGGAUAGCUGGGAAGAUGAAGAGGAGAAAAAAGACGAAGAGAAAUCCGCACCUGCAGCCGUUCCAAUUAAAACGAAACCAAAUAAAGUUCUAAAGGCUAAACUUGCUGAAGAAGAGCGUUUAGCAGAAGAAGCUGAAGAGCAACGUUUAGCAAAUAUGACAUCUGAGGAAAAAAUGGCUGAAAAAUUACGAUUACAAAAAAUUCAAGAAGAAUCGGAUUUAAAAAGUGCUUUGGAAACAUUUGGUGUUUCUAGUAUAGCUAGUGGUUUAGAUGCAUUUAAUCCACAAAGUAAAGAAGAAUUUAAAGAAUUUGGUGCCACAUUAAGUUGGAAAUUAGCUCAAUUUAAAGAAUCACCACAUUUUCCUCAAUUUGUAGAAGAAUUAGUACGUAGCAUAUGUGUAAAUUUAAGUGCUACUGAUAUGAAAAAAGUAAAAAUGAAUGUUGAAAGCUUGCACUCUGAAAAGGUGAAAUUAGAAAAUAAAGCAAAGAAACCUGCUGGUAAAGGUAAAGCUAAGGCUUCAUUACGCACCGAAAGCGAUGAUAUUGAUGGUUAUCAAAAGUACGGGAAUGACUAUGACGAUUAUGACGACUUCAUGUGAAUGUUACUAUUACGAACCAAUAGCACUUGCGGAAUUUCGAGAUAAAGUCGUUUAUUGUUUGUUAUAUAUAAUUAUGAUAAUGAUGAAAAAAUUAAAAUAAUGUUAAAUAAUG